AUGGACCUCUUAGACAGUUUAGAGGUGUCGCGUAGAAGCGACGUCUCUCGGCGUAAAAAUGUGCACAUAUUUGAGUCUGACGAAGACGGAGAUGAUGGGGAAGAGUAUGAGACUAUGACCUUGGGACCGAACUAUGGAGUCAUUGACAAUGGUGAUAAUGGCGAUCAAGAUUUGGAAGAAGAGUCGCAGUAUGCUGAUGCUGAUACUGAUACUGAGCUCCAAGCCCCAGGGUUAACCCCCAAAGCUGACAAUGCGCUUGAUUCUGCCUCCACUCGGGAGGUUCUAGAGAGAAUAAAAAGACGACUAGGGGCCGAAACAGCUCAAAUUGAAUCCGCAGACACUCAAAUAGUUCCAGAACUUGAAUUAGAAGUUGAAGAGACUCAAAGUGUUGGUCCUGGUUCGUCCCAAAUCGAUGACAUUCAGACCCGUCUCGACACCCAGUUUGCUACUCACGCAGUCCUGGAGGCCACUCAACAAGUCGAGCAGCCUAUUUCACGUGAAAUGAAGAUUCAGAGAUUGGUGGAGAUGAAACUGGCGAAACAGAAGGAAAUUGACGCGGAAAAUCAGGAAAAUGUCAUUUCGGGGCAGGCUGUUGCUAAAGCAGAGGAGCCAUUGUUCGUCAAUGACGAAGAAUUUAACUCUGAAGACGAAGAUGGUGAUCAGCCUGGUGGAAUAGACACCACCGGAUUUGCCAUAACCAGUCUUCUCAAAAGAACAGCUGCCAAUGCGGCACGGGAUCAGAAAUUUUCGGUCUCGGCUUUUUUGGAUGAUUUUGAUCAGCCCGUUUCCGAACCACCGACAUCUUCACCCACUAAGCAUCAGCCCGGGGUUGAGACUACACCUGUGACGUCCCCUGUGAAAAGUCCCCUCAAGAUAUACCAGAAUAAGAAGGAGAUGGUAGCGCCAGUGUUGAACUACGAAAGAAGAAUGAAAGGCGAUGUUGUGGUGCUUGACUCUGAUUCAGAUUCAGAGCUGGACGAUCUUAUUGUCUUAAAAGAGAGAGCUUCCAAAGUCACAAGGCUUGAUGUCAAGACCAGGUUCAUGAAGAAGAAUGGUGGAGCCAAUUUGGCAAAAGAUACGAAGGACAAGGCUGGCAAGGACUUCCUCAGAGACCUGAAUGACAGUGCUGUUCGUCAGCUUGCAAUGCUCAGAAAGGAUAAGGCUGGCGAUUAUAUCAAUAUGGAUGAGCUUAUAGACCAAGAAAAUGCUGUUCGUGAUUUGCUAGAAGAGGAAAGAGCAGCCAGUGAGAGGUUGAAGGAGCGUGAACGGUCACGCAAGGCUCGUUUGGAGGAUGGGAUGGAAGACGAUCCUGAUGAUUCUGAUUAUAGUGAGGAAGAGGAAGGGCAAGCAGACGGAAGCGAUGAUAAUGAUGAAGAUGGAGCAGAUGUUGUGGUGGAUGGAGAAUCUGUUGAUGUCGCAGAAUCAGUAAUCACCACCACCAAAAAGAGCGCCAAGAGAAUUGAAACAGAUGACGAAGAUGACGAAGACAUCUCUUCAGCGACUCACUCAAACAGAGACUACAUUUUUGGUGCGGAAACUCCCAGAUAUGGAAACGACGAGGUCGCGAUUGUUUCCUACGGUGACGACGAUGAAGAAGAUUCUGCGGCCAAACCUGGGCUGGACCUAAAAAGUUGGGGCGCUUUCGAACCAAGCCAGGACACACCAGUGGUUGAGUAUCUUGAAACGCAAUCUUUCGUCAGAGUGAAUUCUCUGAAUAACAAAGCGGAUCUCCUAGAAUCUCAAAACCUUUUCGCCGAGACUCAAAUGGAUGCCAGCACGCUGCCAAUAUCACAGAUCCACACACAAUCCGCUGCUGAUGAUUCAGAUAGUUCUGAGGAAGAGGAGGAGCAAGAAGACCCGGAACAGGCAGCAGCUAGAGCUGAGGCGAUCAAGCAGUUGAAACGGAAGCAAGAGCUUCGUAGGAAGAAGAGAGAACGAGAGCUAAAGAAGAAAGGAUUAAACACUGUGUUUGAGCAAGAAGCUGAAGAAUCCGAAGACGAAUGGCAGGGAUUGGGUGGUAUGGAUGGCGAACUGUCUGAUCAGGCUGACUCUGAAGAUGAGCUUCUGCUUGAUGAUGCCACAAAGUUCCGUAUGGAUGAGUCUUCUGUGAGACGUUUGCUUGCUAAGGAAGAUAUUGUUAAUGAUGAGAAUGCCGUGAGGAAGCUGCUCGAGGAUAUCAAGACUGGUCGUCUAAGAAAGAGAAGAGCUGCAGGUGGGGCUUUGGAUUUAGAACUCAGUGAUGAUGAAGAGGAACAAGUGCUAAACUUGUAUCGCUCCAGAUUGAACAAGCAGCGUGAGGCGUUGUUGAACAACGACAAGCUCUCGAAACUGGCCAACGAUUCAAAGGCAAAGGCGUUUUUCGAAUCGCUGUUGGAUGAGGAGUCAGCAUACAAGCUUGAAGAUCACUCUGAGGUCGAAGACGAAGAGGAUGAUGCUGAUGCUGAUGCCGAUGCCGAUGCCGAGCAGAAGGAAGACGACCAGAUAGGUGAAGACUCUGUUGCUGAUUCUGAGCCAAUGAAGAAGAAGAGAAAGAUCACUCAAGCAUUUGUUCAAAAGACACUGUCUUUCUUGGACGACGAAAUAGAUGAUGACCCAGACUCUUCUGCUGUCUUAAAGCAGAGAAGAGAGCUAGAACGUCACCAGCAUGGCUUUUCAGAUGACGAGAUGGAUAUCCACAAACUGAAACAGAACUCCAUUGUGAAUCCAAAGACCAGUGUGAGGCAGAUCACCUCCAUUGAAGAUGAAGAAACGCAGAUGUUGGAGUUUGAUGAAGACGACGAGGACUUCGGAAUGGGCAUGCUUACAGCAUCUAGAAAAUCCAGCAUUCAAAGCUUUCGGUCGUCUAUGUCUUCUUCCAAAAAUGAUGUUAUUCUUGGGACAAAGACGGUCUCAGUAUCAAGUUCUUAUAGAGCAGCUUCAGGUUCAAAGGCCUCGGUCACGUCUCUUGGAAAACCUUCCAAUCCUAAAGCAGCUAGAUCAUUGAAGGUUGCCCAGAUCGAAAGGAACUUAAAGGGUCUCAGAAAAGAGACUUCUGGUCUAAGGAGUAUAUUGAGAUCUGGUGGGUUUAAUUAG